AUGGCUGACGCCGCCACCACGGAGCCCGCCUCCGGUAAGAACGACUCACACGUCCAAGAAAGGCCUCGAAAGUCGGUCGACUCCGUCGAGAUGCCUCCUCCAACUACCACGACGGAAGACGAUGCAGACGCAGAGACGCCCAAGAUGGCCCACGACUCCAUGGUGACCGUCCGCUUGUCUGAACCGCCCUCCUUGACUCUCGACACGUCCUCUACCUCCGACUCAGAGCCAGAAUCGAGCCCCGUUGUCAGCCCCAAGAAUGUUGAACACGAUGAACACGAGACGCCCAAGAUCACUGAAAGCAGCACGACCCUCGAGACCCUCGAGACCCUCGAGACCCUCGAGACUCCCGAGAUCGAGAACGAACAGAACCCCCGAGAAAGCGUGGUAAUCAUCCGGGACUCGAGAACAGCACAACCACGAGUCGAUACGACCCGCAGCUUGCAAGAUGAACUGGGUCAAUGCGAAGAUGUCACUAGCGAUACAUCAGAUGACGUAGAAGAGGUCAACUGGGAGGAACUGGAAAAGACCGAAGAUCAACAAACGAAAGACGAAGAGACAGAUAAUUCGACGGCACUGCUUCUCGCUAGACUUGAACAGGAAAACGCAAAGUUGGCUACGAACCCGAAGACCGUCAAAGUCCAAGCCGUCGAGAGGCUCAUGGCGUCCAAGACUCGACCGCCUUCCAUGGCACAGCUUCGCCAAUUGAUGAGCAGCCCAACACCCCCCGAGCUUCGAUACUCGAUGCUACCACCCCCUCCCAUGACCGACCUUGAAUUCUACGCUGCUCUGGUCAAGGACUACCAGCAGACUGCCGCCCGCCUGCCAACAUUGCUAUCCAACAAAAUUAGAAAGGGUAUCCCCCCACCGCUUCGAGGCGUUGUGUGGAUAAGCAUGUCCAGCUCGAGAGAUGCGCAGCUAGAAGAUCAAUUUGAUCGCUUCAGUGGCGAAUCUAGUCCCUAUGAGCUCCUGAUCGGCAAAGAUCUUGGCCGAAGCUUCCCGGGAGUCGACAUGUUCCGUGACCCAGACGGCGACGGACAGCGAAUGCUUGGCAAUGUUCUCAAAGCCUUUAGUCUCUACGACACAAAGAUUGGAUACUGCCAGGGCCUGGCUUUCCUCGUUGGUCCAUUGCUCAUGCAUAUGCCAGAUAAGCAGGCGUUCUGCGUCUUGAUUCGUCUCAUGGAGCGAUACGACUUGAGAACAUGCUUCCUGCCCGAUCUAUCAGGACUGCAUGUGCGUAUCUAUCAAUUCCGAGAACUUUUGCGACAAAACUUCCCCGCCCUUUCCGCCCAUCUGGAAGAGCUACAGGUGGAAACUGCCUAUGUUUCUCAAUGGUUUCUCAGCUUCUUCGCAGUCACAUGCCCGCUGCCCAUGCUGUUCCGCAUAUAUGACGUUAUUUUCGCUGAGGGAGCAUCGGAGACGCUGAUGCGCGUUGCUCUUUCGCUGAUGCGCAAGAAUGAGGCUCGCUUGCUAGCUUGCCAGGAGCUAGAAGAUGUGAUGCAACUAUUGCUCUCCCGCGGUCUCUGGGACUGCUACCACUAUGACGCAGACGAAUUUGUCCAGGACUUUGCAAGCCUUACCGGCGUCAUCUCCCGUGAGAAGCUGGCACAACUUGAACAAGCCUACCGAGAGUCACUCAUUGCGACAGCCAAUGCUGCUCGCGCAUCUGACAUCACGACGGCUGCUAGCCGUUUCCUGGGACGCAUUUGGGCGAACUCCAACACCAAGACUGCGACAUUGGCUCCCGGCCUUAGUGCUCCUGGGAAACAAUUCAACAUCUUGAGACGAAGCACGUCGAAGCAAAGCCUCGCAUCUACUUUGAACUCGGUCGAAGCGAGCUCUGCCAGCGUUAAAAGCUCUGCCUCUACAGACGGAACCAGCUUGUCACGAGAUUCCGCCAGCCCCGAAGAUGGAUCCUCUAGCCGAGAAUCAACGCCGGUGGGACCUAAAACAGCAGCGAAUUCCAAAACGACAGAGGACCGAUAUCUACAUAGUCAGAUUGAAGAUCUGCUGACCGCUCUUACCGAGCUACAGCGUAGCAAUGCGGUCGUGACAAAUCAGUUGCAACGUGAACGCGAAGAACGAGACGAAGAUCGCCGAGCUGUGCGCUCUCUGCUUGAUGGUCUGCGUAGGCGAGCAGGCAACUCGGAGCUUGAAAACGCCGAAGCUAUGGCGCGACACCUGCGAGAUUCGGCUAUUGCUGAAGAUAUUGAAGUUGAAGAGGACGAAGAGGGUGAUGCAGCUGAGGAAAGCGAUGACACAGCCACCGUCAACGACAUCGGCAUACAGGCAGAUGUUUCUGUGACCGAAGCGGAGGAAGACGAGGCGGCGACGCCACUGGCAGAGGAAACGACGCGACCUCUCGGGCACGAGGAGACCUUGGCGGUGCUCGAAGAACCAGCCGGGCCGCCAUCGACGGAAGAUUUGUCGGUACUCUUGGAUCGGGUAGAAACAAGGUUCGCGCAGGAAGACAGCAGGUUGAAACACCGAUCAUCGAUGCUCUUGACCAAAUCUCAAUUGCGAGAAGAACUGUCGCAAGCAAAAGCGGAGCUUAGUGCUGUGACAGCGCAAUGCCAAGAUCUUAACAGGCGCAUAUACGAUAUGGACCAAGAGAUGGCCUCGACAAAGGACCAACUCAAAGACCGCCAUAGCCACGUACGAACACUCCACCUGGAGAAGCAAAAGCUCGAGAAGCAACUACAUAGCCUCCGAACUACGCGAGCAUCGGCUAGCCCCUCGUACGAUACAGGUACUAAAGGUGCAGAUAUGGACUGGGCCGCGACUAAAGGCGUGAGCGUGGCGGGCCUGCGAGAGCUGAAGCUUGGACGUAGCAGAUCUACGCCGUCCACUCAGGGUAGCCUAUAUAACAAGCGCAUCUCGUCGCUGCCACAGCCGGGCGACAUUUUGAGCGAGUCACCGCCGAGCGAGCAUGAGUCAUUGCUACUGGAGCUGGUACAGGCCAAGACGGCUGAGGCGACGGCAAGGCAGGAGGCAGAAGAGGCGAAGCAGAAGCUGGAAGCGCUGCGCAAGGCAACAGGUCUGGCGCCCGGUGACUCCCCAUCAGCAUCGUCGGUAGCGGUAGGUGCCAUGGGCAUGUUUGGGCGACUGACUGGGCAGGGUCCGGCAGCAGCGCCAACGCCGACGCCAGAGCCCGCUGGAAAAUUGACUGCUUCAGCGUCGAUCAAUUCGGCGGCUGGCGGGGGAUUCUGGGGAUGGAGGAGGUGA